AUGAAUCAUUCCUUUACUGACAAAAUACAAGAUGAAAAAAAAAUAAUGAACCAACAUUUAGAUGAAGCAGUGGAUAUUAUUAAAAAAAGAUUGCCACAAUUAGAUACUGGUGUAUUAACGGUUAGCUAUGAAACAGCUAAAUUUUUGCGUGAAGGAGUUAAACAUAUGGUAGAUUAUAGGUCUUAUUUAGAGGAUGAGCUAUUUGCUGUAGAAAAAUCUAUUAUGGAAUAUGAACUUCACGCUGCAAAAAAUUUAAAAAAAAAUAUUGACUUAGAAAUCCAGAAUUUAAUUAUACCAGAAUUUGGGCACAAGUCGAUGAAAUUCAUUGUAAGUGAUUUGGGUGAACAACUUGAAAAAUUGGAAAAAGAACGAUCAAAAAUAUUUGAAGAAGUUACAGAAAAAAAAAAUAAUGCAGAAUUUGAAAGGAUUAGAAAACUGGAAUAA